AAUCUCUGGGUGUUGGUCUUUCAUAGUAUGGGGCUUUGGUGGUCUGGUUUGGUCUAACCCACAUUCAAGUCCUGUUGCAGUGUUGCCUGUUGGCACCGGAACACCCACCCACACUCCGCCUGCAAACCAAAAAGAACCCUAAAAGGAUCAAACAAACAAACAAUUAUCAUCUAUCUCAUCCAUCCAUCAAUAAUGGCUUUCGCUAUAUCCAACGUCCUACAGUUCCCCAAUUCUCGUUCAUAUGCCAAGAAGAAUUGCCUCAAUCAUGCCUCACUUCCUCCCUCUUUUGUAAGGUUUUCUACAGGUCGUGUGAAUCAGAGGAUAAUUUGUGCUGCUUCCUCUGCUGCUGGUUCAAGUUCAGACAAUGACUUGAAUCCGUACGAGGUUCUUGGAGUGAACCCCAUUGAGGGGUUUGAUAUGGUGAAAGCGGCUUAUACGAGAAAGCGAAAGGAUGCUGAGCGAAGAGGGGACGAGGCCGCUGCAGCUCGUUUGGAGAAGGCAUAUGAUAAACUCAUGAUGGCUCAAUUGUCAAACCGAAAGAAGGGAGUCACGUUUGGUUCGUUUCAGGUUUCAAAGGAUAUCAAAUAUGCUGAUAAGCAGCCGAUUGUUCCUUGGGGCCCAAGGUUCACCAAGUCUGAAGUGAAGGACAUUCGGAUUAACCUGGCAAUAUCAGCUGCAUUUAUUGCUUGGAUUUUUAUUGCACGCAAUGCAGAGUGGAAGCCUGUGCAGUUUUUAUCCUUUGUAUUUGUAUACAGAAUCUUUGAAAAGUUAAAAGCAUUUGAACCACCCGCAACAUUUACAGAAGAAGGUGAAGAUGAAGGACGCAUGAUGCGAAUGGGCAAACGGUUGCUACGUUCCCUUGCACUGGCUUUUGGAUGUAUAGCCUUUGCAUCUUUGGGAUAUACAGGUGUCGUGAAUUUGAUCGAAUAUUUUACCGGUUAUGUCCCUAUUGCUUUAUACAACAACCAGGAAUUCAUCGUCACUGCUGUAACCUCUAUAAGUUUAUACUUCAUGGCCUCAUAUUACAGAUGAGUAAAUCAAACCUAUGCAGUUUAAUUAGGAAUUUCAAUGUACUUGACACUGAAUGGCCAUCGAAUUUUGGUAGUAGUCCUGAAUCGUAUAUGUAUGUAUGAUUUUAAUUUUUAAGAGCUAUGAUUUGGUUGAAGCGGAAUGAAUACGAUCUGAAUAUUGGCAAAUAAUGAUUUCAGAAUUUUGGAAAUA